UCUUGGCUUAACAAAACUUUUAUUUAAUACAGCAACUUGGUACAUUUUUCUGUUAACUCUUAAUGUAAAUUAGUCAUGUUGUCUUCUGGUAGCUCCCAAGAACCUGGGAAACCUUCCUGGACAAGCAAUUCUCAAUGUAAUUCGUUUAUUCCACGGCCAUACCAGAUUGAAUUGCUAGAAUGUGCGGCCAAGCAAAACACCAUUAUUUGCUUGAAUGGAGACUUUGGAAAGUGUUUCAUGUACACCAUGUUUUUAAGGGAGGUCAUCAUAAAACAUAAUGGGAAAUUAAACAAUGCUCCGAAAUUUGCUGUCCUGCUUUUAAAAGAAGAUUGUAUGGUGAAUGAGCAGUCAGAACUUUUACGAAGUCAUUUAGACGUUGAUAUAAUAUCAUGUACGCACAAUAUGACCGAUUCUUUUACUGAUGAAUCUUUACAACAACUCUGCCAUGACCACCAAGUGUUAGUUUGCACUCCAGAAGUCUUUGUAAAGUUGCUCAGCAUUAGCCUAUACAUAGCUCAGUACAUGGACUUAGUUAUAUUUGAUGAUUGCCAUUUGGUGAACAUUGAAAUGCACCCGAUACGGAAAAUAAUGAAGAUAUUAGAUGAAAAUAGGUACACACCCAUGAUACUUGGUUUAACGUCAUCGCUUCUAAAUAACAACAUUACUGCAGAUGAAUUAAACAAAUGCAUUCAUAGCAUGGAAACUGUAAUGCACUGCAAGGCCCAAACUGCAACAGAUCUAAUCGCUGUAGAUCGCCACAAUAUAAAUCCACCUGUUGAAAACAUUAUAUUAAGCUCAGAUGAAAACAAAGAUGGUUUAAAUUCUCAGCUACUUUCUGACAUUAGGAAAAUAUUAAAUGGAGCAUUGGAAUGGCUAAAUUCUUGUCAGAUAGUCUCCACAACAAGAACAAAAACAACAGAAUGGCAAUUAGCAUCUACAGAAAACGAAGAGGAAAAAAUUUUGACUAAUUACAACUCGAACACAAGUGUUAUUCCAAAAACGUCCUUGGAUGUUGGAAUAUUGGAGGAAGAGGAUGGAACUCAAAGAUUAUGUUCGGUAAAAAGUCCUCCUUUAUCGGAGUGCCAUGAAGGAUCCAAAAAAAUUGUAAUGGAUAAGAAAGAAAAGCAAGAAGAAGAUUUGGAUGUUUGUACAGUUGCAAUACAACUUAUAAAUGAAAGUUUGAUGGUAGCUGAUGUACUAGGACCUUGGUGUGUGUAUCAAUUGAUUGUAGUCGUUUUAAAGCAGUUGCAAAAAAAUUUGCAUUUGAUCAACGUUCAUCUAAAUACUGAAGCUCAAAACACAGAAAAUGGUGAAGUGACAUCUGGAAAGUGGAUGUGGCAAGCUGUGAUGUUGCAAUAUGUGCAAACUAAAUUCAAGAUGGUGUACAGCAUAUGUCACUGGUACAUGGGAGAUCAGAAAGCUGUCAAUUUAGCUUUUGUUGCACCCAAAGUACAUCGCUUAAUUCAAGUAUUGAAGGAAUACAAACCAGUGGUUGAGGGAGAAGAAAAACAAAAUACUUCGUUCAAAUAUAAUAACCGAAAUGAGUCGGAUUAUGUGUCAUGGUGGCAAGACUCUGACGCAGAAGACGAAGAUGCCGAUAUGAUGGAGGGAAAGAAGGAAGAGAAAGAAGAUGAGAAUCAUCCGUCUCUCUUCAUCAAUACUUUGUGUGGGAUUGUCUUUGUAGAAGAAAGAUAUGUCGCAAUGAUGUUACAACGAUUGCUGCGGGAACUUUCAAAGGAAGACAAGAAUUUAAAACACGUUUCUUCCUCCCAUCUUACUCCUGGAGUGGAGGGUGAGAGAAGAGGAGUUGAUCCUGCAUCCAUGGAUCAGAGCAAACAGGAAGAGGUCCUCCGGAAGUUUAGGAGCCAUGAGAGCAACCUGCUCAUCUGUACAGGAGAUUUGGAGGAUUGCGCUUACAUGCCAAAGUGCAACCUCAUCAUGCGCUUCGAUGUUCCGAAAAGUUAUCGAAGUUACGCUGAAUCAAAAAGCCGAGCCAGAGCCCAAACAUCAGCCUAUGUUAUGUUGGUUAGAGAAACGGAAAAAUCACAUUUUAUGGAAAAACUUCAGGAAUACAAGAAAAUUGAAAAGGUGUUACUGGGUCCAGACUGGUCCUUAAACGAGGUGUAUGAUAAUAAUGAGGAUGAUGACAUUGAAGAGAUGAUCCCUCCUUAUAUACUUAAUAGGAAUACACAAGUUAAUAUGAAGAAUGCUGUGCGAAUUGUUAAUAGGUAUUGCAACCGCUUGCCAAGCGACCCGUUUACUCACCUCAGUCCCAGGUGUGAGGUGGUAGAGGUUCUCAAUGAUGGGGAUUCACCCAUGUUCAUGUGCAUUCUGCAGUUGCCAAUCAACUCCCAUGUUAGAGAACCUGUGCAGGGAAUUGUCAUGCCAACUCUCCAACUUGCCCAACAAGCAGUAGCCAUGGAAACAUGCAAGGUUCUUUAUGAAGCUGGAGAAUUAGAUGAAAACUUGAUGCCCAUUGGCAAAGAGACGGUAAAAUAUGCCGAGGAAUUAGAUCCAUGGAAACGUGAAGUUAGUUCCAUCACUGGGAGACCUGGAUCAACUAAAAAACGACAAACUUAUAAUAAAGAUUCUCCUCAGAUCCUGAGGUCCUGUCUUCCACAACCUGAUAUCAAUCUCUUCAUCUACGAGAUUGAGAUGAAGAUCAAAAAUCCUCUUCUUGACGAACUUAACGUUAGAAGAAGAAAACUUUUUUUCCCAGAAGAAACUUCUCGUUGUUUUGGGAUCCUGACAACAAAACCAAUACCUCAAAUUCCUGGGUUUCCAAUCUUCACAAGGUCAGGGGAAGAAAGUGCCAAGUUGAAAUUUUGUCGAGGGUUUGUCCAACUUUCUGCUCAACAAAUCAAACUUGUUCGAAUAUUUCAUCGUUAUGUUUUCUCUGACAUGUUGAGAGUAGAUCGAGUUCCUUUAUCUUUCCAACCUGAGAAAUCUACAAGCCAGUUGCUGGUAGUUGUGCUGAACAAGGUGGGAACAAAUAAGUCUUCAACAGCAAACAGCAGCCAACUCAACAUAGACUGGAGUUUUAUGAUGAAGACUGAAAGUAAACGUCGAGUUAUUGAAAAAAUGAAAUCUGAUCCGUGGUAUAAACAUAAAAUGAACGAACAAAAUAAAGUUUUUGUUUUUAAUCGACAACUAUACGAAGAUGGGGUGGUAGUGGCCAAGUACAGAAGCUGUGAUCAGCCUAACAGGUUUUACGUUGCCGAGUUAAAAGAUGACAUGACACCUUUGAGUAGUUUCCCAUCUUCAGAAUACGAGAGUUUCCUACAUUAUUAUCAACUUAAAUAUGGGCUUGACAUUCGUUGUCUUAAACAACCUUUACUUGAUGUGGACCAUACUUCAUCAAGGUUAAACCUUCUGACCCCUCGACAUUUAAACCAGAAAGGAAAAGCUCUGCCCAUGUCCUCACUUGAGAAAAAGCGAGCAAAGUACGAAAGUUUGCACAACAGACAGAUUUUAGUCCCAGAGUUAUGUGAAGUACAUCCUAUACCUGCUUCACUGUGGAGGAAAGCUGUUUGUCUGCCUUCUGUUCUGUACAGAGUGAACCAACUUCUAAUAGCUGAGGAACUUCGUAAAAAUAUUGCUUUCAAAUCUGGAAUUACAAUGGAACAACCACCUAUAGGUAACAUGUGGCAGAAUCUUCACUUUGGUUGGACAGACAAUGAAGACAGCGACGACGACAAUGAAAAAUUGUUAGAAAAAAGUCCAGCUCAACGGAAAUCUCAGGUUGACGAAAUUUCAAGUGAAAACAAUGAAGUUUUGAAUGAAAAUAAAAACGUUUUUGAUGAAAAUAUUCCAAAAGUUCCAAAUUCUGUAGAAAAUGAUGGAGAAUGCGCACAACAUGACAACUUAGAAGAAACCAAUCAUAAACAAAAUCAACAUGUUGAUUUUGAGAAUUCAACUGCCAAAAGUGAUGUUUAUAAAACCACUGUGAUAAAUCAUAUGAAGGAGAAUCAUGAUGAAGAUGAUUAUGUUCAUGUUCAUGGAAGUAACGAUGUUAAUGUUCAUAAAAAGAAUAUCAAUCAUGAUAAUGAUUCUGAUCGUAUUGGUGAUACUGUUCAUCAUGGUGCUGAUGAUGAAAAUGUUCAUGAUGAAAAGAAUGAUGUUCACUAUCAUGAAGUUAAUGAUAAUCACCUUUGUGAUGAUGAUAUUCACGAUAGUGAUGAUUACAUUCACAAUGAAAAUAAAGAUGAUCAUUGCCAUGAUAAUAUUCACAAUGAUGAUGAUGAUGAUGAUGACCGGUUUUCUUUCUCAUCUCAUGAUUACGAAGCCCAUUUUGACUUAUCUGAUCACGAAGAUGAAAACAUGAAAAACAAUGUGAACGAUUCUCUCGCAUCAAUUAGAGGUUGUAAAAAGAAGAUAAAAGAUGUUGAAAACCCAAUCUGGAUAUCUUCUGAUGUAAUUGACGAUUAUAAUAAAGAGAAUCCGGUCAAGAACCUUGGGCCGGGACCUGGACUUAUUUUGCAGGCUCUUACUUUAUCAAACGCUAGCGAUGGUUUUAAUUUGGAAAGACUUGAAAUGUUGGGAGAUUCUUUUCUCAAACAUGCUGUUACUGUGUAUUUGUAUUGCACUUAUCCAGAGUCCCAUGAAGGCAAGCUUUCUUACAUGAGAAGCAAAAAGGUUUCCAAUUACAACUUAUAUAGAAUCGGCAAACAGUUUGGGCUUGCUGGGAAAAUGACGGGACUUAUAUUUGACCCAACAGUAAACUGGUUACCAACUGGUUUUGUGGUUGGUGCAUCGGGCCAGGGGCAAGAUUCGGACGAAGAUAUUUCUGAUGAUGAUGUCGAAAUAGGUGUUUGGACUGGAAUUCCAAGCAAAAAGAAAGUGGUGAAAAAAACAACAACUUCUAACGCAGUUGAUCCCCCUCCCUCACUUCCACCAUCCACGAUCAAUGAUGAGGAGGAGAUUUACGAGGAAGAUGAGAUCCGGAUGAUAGAUGGGAUGUUGGGGGGUUGCAUCCGGACUUUGGGAGGGUCACCCAAGGGAGACAACGGACUUUUCGGAUUAGAUAUUGGACACGCAUUAUCAAGUCAUCAAUCCAUGCAUUUCACCGAUAAAGCUGCGCUUAGAAGAAGCCAACUUAAUAAACAAAAUUUGGAAGAUUUUGUGAUAGAUACAUGGACACCUGUGGAUGCGUCAGGAAAGCCACUAAACAACAGCGACCCUCUAAUGCUUGACCUUCACACUCAACAUUCGUUGGCCGAUAAAUCAAUCGCAGAUUGUGUUGAAGCAUUACUCGGCGCUUAUUUAACGACGUGUGGUCAUCGUUCUGCCCAACUUCUGCUGUGUCACCUCGGUUUAAAUGUUCUUCCUAAAGUAGCACAAGCAGAGACGAGCAAAACAGUUGACAGAUUUGGAUACCUCACGCCCCCAACUAAUAAAAUGUUAGAAUGUCGGCCAAACCAGCAAAAUAAACUUGACCAGUUGCUUGUGGCUCUGAGUGGUUUUGAAAGAAAGAUAAAUUACACGUUCAAGAAUAAAGCUUACCUACUUCAAGCAUUCACUCAUGCCUCGUAUUACUACAACACUGUAACGGAUUGCUACCAACGUCUUGAAUUUUUGGGCGACGCAGUUCUUGAUUUCCUGAUCACGCGUCAUCUUUUUAACGACGAGCGACAUCAUUCACCGGGUGCUCUUACAGAUCUGAGAUCCGCUCUCGUCAAUAACACAAUCUUUGCCUCACUUGCCGUACAUUAUGAUUUCCAUAAAUAUUUCAAGUCCAUCUCACCAGAGCUUCACCACAUCAUUGAAGACUUCGUGAUGUAUCAGCAAAAGCAGGAAGAUGCUCAAGGAAUGGAUGCUCACCUGAUGCGGGAUUAUGAUCGUGUUGAGAUCGUUGCUCCAUCAUCACUGGAGAAAGAUGAAGAAGAAGGAGAGAAUGAAGACGUGGAGGUCCCCAAAGCCCUUGGAGAUAUAUUUGAAUCGGUAGCAGGUGCAAUAUACAUGGACAGUGGAAUGGACUUAAGUUCUGUAUGGAAAGUUUAUUCUGUUAUGAUGUUACCUCUUAUUGAAAAGUUCAGCGCAUGUGUUCCAAGAUCACCAGUUCGAGAGUUAUUAGAAAUGGAACCAGAAACCGCAAAAUUCAGUUGUGCCGAGAAACGUUAUGAUGGGAAGGUCAGGGUGACUGUGGAAAUUAUUGGUAAAGGUCGUUUCAAGGGGGUGGGUAGAAGUUAUCGAAUUGCUAAAUCCGCUGCAGCCAGAAGAGCUUUAAGAUAUUUAAAAGGACCAUUCAUUUAUUAAAUACUUUUGUGAUGGAAUUUAUAAAAUUAUUUUUCAAUCAAUUUUUAUCCCUGCUAUUACUGUAUAUUUGGUUGAUAGUAUUUUUCUAUUUAAAUUUUUUCUAAAAUGCUACACAAUGCAGUAAUGUAUACAAAACAGUGAUUUUAGCGACUAAAAGUAAUCACCAUUUGAUUUGGUCACAAAAUACAGUUGCUGUUUCUUAGUGCAAAUUUAAGCCUAGUGGGUCUUUAUUUAGCAUAAAAUAAAUCUUGUGGUUUUGUGUCAUCUAUUUAAGCCAAAUAUUUUGGUCCUUGUUAAAAAAUAUUAAAAAA